AUGUCGAAACGAAGUAAAAAAAAAGUUGAAAUAGAUUCUUCAGUUUUGCCAAAGACACAAUUUGGUAAAAUAACACACAAAAAUGAAAUAUCAACCGCAAUGGAAGUUGAUGAAAAGAUAUCGGAACGUCGAAUUUAUCUUCCUGGACAAAAAUUAGAGAAAGACGAAGUUCUUGAAGCUGACCAAUCGGUAUAUGAAAUGCUGCAUUCCAUGAGUGUUAAAUGGCCAUGUCUAAGUUUUGAUAUUUUGCAUGAUAACUUGGGAGAAGAUAGAAAAAUGUAUCCAGCAACAGUAUAUCUUGUUGGAGGAACACAGGCAGAUAAACCAAAAAAUAAUGAAUUAAUGAUAAUGAAAAUAUCUCAAUUACAUAAAACACGAAACAAUCCUAUCUUGGAACAUAAGAGCCUAAAACAUUAUGGAGGUGUAAAUCGCGUUAGGGCUAUGCCACAAGAAAAUAGUUCUAUUGUAGCUACUUGGUCAGAUACUGGUAAAGUUCAUAUAUGGGACAUAAAGCCAGCAUUAGAUAGCAUAGAAACAGCUGGUAAACAAAUACCAUCGAAUGCAUCAAAGCCAUUAUACACAGUGGAAACUCAUAGUGCUGAGGGAUUUGCCAUGGAUUGGUCACGGACUGUAACUGGAAGAUUAAUAACUGGUGAUAUGCGUUCAAAUAUAUAUCUUACAACGAAGUCUCAAUCCACAUUUAAAGCAGAUUUCGUGCCGUUUGUAGGACACACGGAAUCGGUAGAAGACUUACAAUGGUCGCCAUCAGAAAAUAACGUGUUUGCGAGUGCAAAAGUUGAAUACUUAAUUGCGUCUGGAUCAGAUGAUGGUAUUAUAAGUAUAUGGGAUUUACGAACAUUUGUAAACAAUAAUACAAAACCUAUACCAGUUGCAUCAUUCAAAUGGCAUUCAGCCCCAAUUACUUCAAUUGAAUGGCAUCCAACAGAAGAAUCAGUAUUGGGUGUAUCUGGAGCCGAUGAACAAAUAACCAUAUGGGAUCUUUCAGUUGAAAAUGACCCCGAAGAAGAUUCUUCAAACAAAAUUGUUGGCAACAAUGGUGUCAUUAUUCCUUCACAAUUAUUAUUUAUUCAUCAGGGACAAAAUGACAUCAAGGAAUUACAUUGGCAUCCACAAAUUUCUGGUUGUGUGAUAUCAACAGCUGCUUCAGGAUUUAAUAUAUUUAAAACUGUUUCUGUCAAGGAUAAAUCGUGUAUGAUGGAUAUUUUAUAUUUUAUAUUUGACGCAGCUUUGAGUAACAUUAAACACAUGUCUUCUGAUAAAGCAGCCAGCUUAUUAACACGUACAGAACAAAGACUUUAUAGAAAAAAAGAAGCAAAAAGAAUUCAAGCUUAUGAGAUUAUAGAAAAGUUUGAGAAAUCUUCUUGUAUUAAUUUGUUUUCAAGCGAGGCUACAAAAUAUUUAUGUUUGGUGAAUGUUUGUUAUGGUGGAGUUGGUGGAGUUACUUCUGAACAGUUGACAAAACUUUUUGAAAAAUAUGAAGGUUGGGUUGGAGUAAACUUAACUCAUGGAAAGCCAUAUUCUUUUGUUAUUUUUCAAACAGCUUUAGAUGCAUUUCAUGCACGAGAAUCACUUCAUGAUAAGCAAUGUGAAAUUUUAAAAGGGAAAAUAAUAUUUAUUGAAUUCGUUAAUUUAUCAUAUCAAAAUUUCAUUAAUCAAAUUAAUCACAAUAAAAAUAAGAGUCAUGAGAAAAUAUCGGGAUUAAUAUUGUUAGAGGAAUUUAUCUCAUUUGAUUUAGAAAAAAUUAUAAUAAAUCACGUAAAUUCAAUUGACACUUGGAUUCAAAUUCAAAAUCGUUUUGUGUCACAUUAUGGUUAUAAAUUUAAUUAUGACACAAACAAAGUUGAUGAAUUAAAUUUAAAGUUUCCAUAUUACAUUAAAUCACUACUGGAGAAAUUAAAAAAUUUGUAUCCUUCAUUAACAAUACCAGAUAUGCAACAAUUAACAAUUCAAAUUUAUCCUGUUGGCACAGGAAUCCCACCUCAUGUUGAUAGUCACUCAUCAUUUGGUGAUACAAUUUUGUCAUUUAGUUUGGGAAGUUCUAUUAUCAUGGAAUUUAAAAAUUUUAAAACUGGUGAAGUUGUUAACGUUGAUUUACCAAAAAGAUCGUUAGUUAUACUUCAAGAUGAUGCAAGAUAUUUGUGGAGUCAUACUAUAAGAGCAAGAAAAAGUGAUUUACUGGAUAAUGGAUUAAUUAGAGAAAGGGAUGAAAGAAUAUCGUUAACAUUGAGAGCAAUUAACACAACAUCAAGUUGUAAUUGCUCAUUCACUGAAAUUUGCGACAAUGAUAAAUUAAUUUGA